AUGGCUCCGAAGAUGAAGAAAUCGAAGAAGUCAAAGAAGGAAGAGUCGAUGAUUAAUUUCGUUGAAGAAGAAGUGACUGGUGAUGUCGAUGAAGGCGAUUUUGAAGAAGAACCUGAAGAUGUUGUGGAAUCUUCAGAUGAAGAUGAACCUCCAAAGAAAAAGAAGAAAGUGAUAAAAAAGGAAGUCAAGCAAGAACUCGAGUUAACAGAUGAGAAACUCCAGGAAUUGCUCGAAAAAUAUGAAGCAUCGAAAUCAGCAGCUACCAAAACUAAGGAUGAUUUCAAACAUCUUCCAAAAAGCCAACGUGGAAAAGCGCUUAAAAAAGCUUUGCGGAAAGACAAAAGAGCUCGUCAGGAAGAGCGAUCCAAAAUCAGAGACGAACUGGGAGAGAGUGCACCACAAAAAGAAGUUCCAAAAACAAUUGAAAGCAUGAGAGAGUACGAUGCUACGAUGGUUGACGAACAAGACGAUGAAGUGGAGCAUGAUGAAGCUAACGACGAGUUUGCUCCGUAUUUCAACAGAGAAACGACUCCGAAGGUGAUGAUUACGAUGACACCAAAAGCUAAGAUUACAACCUUCAAAUUCUGCUUCGAGCUUCAAAAAUGUAUUCCCAACUCGGAGAUUUUCACAAGAAAAAAUGUCUUGCUAAAAACAAUCAUCGAGCAAGCAAAAGAAAGAGAAUUUACCGACCUGCUAGUUGUUCAUGAAGACAGAAAGAAACCAAAUGGUAUCAUCUUCUGUCACUUACCAGAAGGUCCAACAGCUUACUUCAAGAUCAAUAGUUUGACAUUUACACAAGACUUGAAGAAAUUCGGAGAAUCAACUGCUCAUUUCCCAGAAGUAAUCCUUAACAAUUUCAACACCCGUCUUGGACACAACAUUGCCCGAAUGCUUGCUUGUCUCUUCCCACACGAUCCAAAGUUCACUGGACGCCGAGUCGUCACAUUCCACAAUCAAAGAGAUUACAUCUUUUUCAGACAUCACAGAUACGAAUUCAAGAAGGAAGGAACGAAAGCGGCACUCUUGGAACUGGGACCACGAUUUACAUUGAGAUUGAAAUGGUUGCAGAAAGGAACAUUCGAUGCCAAAUGGGGAGAAUUCGAAUGGGUUCUCAAGAGACACGAAAUGGAAACCAGUCGUCGUCGCUUCUUCCUAUAA